AUGUCGUUACGUUUAGUUACCAGAAGGGCUUUUGUCCAGUCUCCGAGGCUCUUGAGGGUUAAUGCCCUCGCUUGCCGUUACAACAGUACACAACCUGCUGUGGACCCAAAGAUAAAGAAUAUUGUUGAUGAAAUUUCAAAAUUGACACUGCUGGAGACUUCUUCUUUGAUCUCUGAAUUGAAGAGCCAAUUGAACAUCCCAGAUAUUGCAUUCCCAGCAGCCGGAACUGUCGCAGCUGGACCAGGAGCUGGUGCAGCAGCAGCUGAAGAGAGUGGUGCCCAAGAAGAAGAGAAACCAGAAGAAAAGACCAUUUUUGCCAUCAAAUUGGAAUCUUUUGAUGCUAAAUCUAAGCCAAAGAUCAUUAAGGAAGUCAAGAAUUUGUUGGGGCUAUCCCUAGUGGAAGCCAAGAAAUUCGUGGAAGCAGCUCCAAAGGUUUUGAAGGAUAACGUUGCCAAGGACGAUGCCGACAAGAUCAAGGCUACUCUUGAAGGUUUGGGGGCAAAGGUCGCAUUGGAAUAA